ACAGGAAUCUAUGCAGAGCUGAGGGAUGACAUGAGCUGAUCUGAACAUUCAAGACCCUGUAAAAAAAACCUUGGAUUAACAUUAAAAGGAGAGGUAUCAAAACCUGAAAGAGACUACGAUCGAGGGAGCUUUACAGAAGAUUUGUUUUGUUCAUUCUUUUUCGUAAAAGUUGAACAUUCAAGUUUUUGAUAUUUGAGAUUUAAUACUGAUUUCGCUUUUUUUGGGUGUAGUUUUGUAUGUUUGUAUUGGCUAGUUUGUAAUUUUUGGUUGACGUUUACCCCCAAAAGUUUCUGAUUUGGUUAUUUGAGGCAAAUAUCCAGUAUUGGAUCUGAAAAUUCCGGAUCUGAAUAUUGGAUUGGAUUGUAAAAGUCAGUUUACUUAUUUUUUAUUUUGUUUUUAAAAACAAAUUUGUUGUCAUAUUUUAGAUAGAAUUUUAGACGAUUAUGUGAGUUGCAAAAGUGCAGGCUGCUCUUUUAUAUGUCUUUAUCAGUUCAGCAGUAAUUCAAUUCUGUGGGUUCAGCUAGCUAGAUAGCCUAAGCGGGGAUAUUUUGGUGAUUUUAAGAGUUGUUUUUGAGUGCAAGUGCUGGUUUUCUUAUGCCAAUGGCUGUCCCUGAACCUGUUGCCCCCCGGAGGCUGGCACUGGACUGCCGUACCCUGCUGGAUCAUCGCCCGAGCCGUGGGGUGUGUGGAUGUUGUGGAGCGUUGAGGCCUCGCUACAAGAGGCUGGUUGACAAUAUCUUUCCAGAAGACCCAGAGGAUGGAUUGGUGAAGGCUAACAUGGAGAAGCUGACUUUCUACGCCCUCUCAGCUCCAGAGAAGUUGGAUCGGAUCGGGGCGUACCUGUCUGAAAGACUGUCCCGUGAUGUGGCUAGACACAGAUAUGGGUAUGUGUGUAUUGCGAUGGAAGCCCUCGACCAGCUGUUAAUGGCGUGCCACUGUCAGAGUAUCAACCUGUUUGUAGAGAGUUUCCUCAAGAUGGUGCGAAAACUCCUGGAGGCUGAUAAACCCAACCUGCAAAUCCUGGGAACCAACUCUUUUGUGAAGUUUGCUAACAUCGAGGAGGACACCCCCUCGUAUCAUCGCAGUUACGAUUUCUUUGUGUCACGCUUUAGUGAGAUGUGUCAUUCCAGCUAUGAGGACCCUGACAUCCGCACCAAAAUCCGAAUGGCUGGCAUCAAAGGUCUUCAGGGUGUAGUAAGAAAGACCGUGAAUGAUGAGUUGCAAGCAAACAUCUGGGACCCUCAGCACAUGGACAAGAUCGUACCCUCCCUGCUCUUCAAUCUACAGUCUGAAGAAGGCACAGAGAGUCGCUCUCCCUCCCCGCUGCAGGCCAGUGAGAAGGAGAAAGAAAGCCCCGCCGAGCUGACUGAACGCUGCUUUCGGGAACUGCUGGGUCGAGCAGCCUAUGGCAACAUCAAGAACGCUGUCACCCCUGUGCUUAUGCAUCUUGAUAAUCACUCGCUGUGGGAAGGCAAAACAUUUGCAGUGCGUUGCUUUAAGAUUAUCAUGUACUCCAUUCAGGCUCUUCAGCUAAAGCCCUUGUAA